AUGUUGGCUAGAUCAUGCCUGCGCUCAACGCGCUCGUUCGGGGGAGUACGGAAUAAUGCGAUUAACGCUACAAAGCGUGCCGCAUCUACUACUUCCACCGAAGCCGCCUCCCCGCUCGGCAUUAACAUGGCUGCAGGUGCUGCUACCGCAGUGGCAGCCGGCUCCCUCGCUUGGUAUUAUCAUCUUUACGGCCAGCCAUUAAACGCCAUGACCCCAGUUGAAGAAGGACUACGAAGAGGUUUCCAAGUUUACCAAGAAGUUUGCGCUUCGUGCCAUUCUUUGAGCCGUAUCCCAUACAGAGCUCUGGUUGGUGUCACACACACAGUCGAUGAGGCAAAGGCUAUGGCUGAAGAGAACGAAUACGACAGCGAGCCAAACGAUGAGGGUGAAAUCGAGAAGCGACCUGGAAAACUUUCCGAUUACCUUCCAUCGCCAUACAAGAACGACGAAGCCGCUCGUGCUGCAAAUAACGGAGCAUUGCCACCCGAUCUCAGUCUGAUGGUAAAGGCCAGACACGGCGGUGCCAACUAUAUUUUCAGUUUAUUGACUGGUUACCCGGAUGAAGUUCCAGCAGGAGCCAAGGUCCCAGAAGGACUCAACUUCAACCCAUAUUUCCCAGGUACCGGUAUUGCUAUGGCUCGUGUUCUCUACAACGACCUCGUUGAAUAUGAAGAUGGUACACCAGCAUCGGCAUCACAGAUGGCCAAAGAUGUCGUCGAAUUCCUCAACUGGUCAGCCGAACCCGAGAUGGAUCAACGAAAGAAGAUGGGUAUGAAGGUGUUGGUUAUUGGAUCUAUGCUUUUUGCAUUGAGUAUCUGGGUCAAGCGUUACAAGUGGUCCCCUAUCAAGACAAGAAAGAUCAUGUACAACCCACCCGUUUCUAACAGCGGUCCUAAACAUCACUAG